CGGGAACAGCAGAGGAUUCUGGCAUAACUACCUACUAACUAUUAUUCAGAAGAAUAAUGACUUGUUUGUUACCUCCUGCAGCCAGCAGGUAAUUAGUUAAUGUACUGUAUGUUCCCUCUCUCCUGACUAGCACCCUCAAAUUUGGACUUCGGGGAGCAGAGGAACACAAAAUACAUAAUAUAUCUGCCGGUCAAUCUGAUACACGCUCGCUCCCUUAUACAGAUACCUCGGAAUUCGCUCCUUUUGAAACUUCAGAUGCCAGAUUCCGCCGCCCUGCCUGCUGUAGUGCCUGGUUGGAUAAAUCACAACUGAGAGGCUUUCGCCGCGGUUAGGCGAGCUACGGAUUUAAGAGCUGCUGUCUGUGUCUCCACUCUCCGUGCGCGCGGGCAUUGCAACCUGCCGAUUCAUAGAGGUUUCAUCCGGCUUCUUCGCGACUUUGGUCACCCGCUCCCGGACCUGGCCUCGCGGCUUCAGACAUGGCAAAUAUCUGGCCCAACUCAGUCCCGGCUCCCGAUAGAUGUGAUUCCCCUCUCUCUUGCAAAUCCUACAGCGAUUCCCAGUCGGCAUAUUGGAUCCUGCGAAUUUUCUGAUCAGAGAGCACGAAGGCCAAGGACUCUGCCCAACCCUCGUCGGUUAGUGACAAUAGGCGUGUGUACGUAUAACACAGGCGUACUUCGUACAUGAAAAAAAGAGUACCACCGCAACGCUCCACGCGCAACAUGCUCAACGUUCUGGUCAAAAUUCGAACGACUGGUCCUGCACCUCAUAGACGUUCAGAAGCUAUAGCAAAAUGGCCAGCUCCCGAUGAGGAUCUUAACGCUAUUUACUGCUGUGGCUAGCUUCUGAGAGCUUUCGUAUAGGCCGAUAUUCGUACGGUUGCUAGCUAUCAGAGAUUUGAGGACGGGAUAAAAUUAUGCAGCAUCCCACCAUGCCUGGUUCCGAAUAGUUGAUUUAGCGGCGUUGUAAAUAAUACCGGCAUAUCAUGUAGUCAUCUACUCCCGGUCGAUGCUGAGGGGGUGAUAAUUCUGCCUUUUUUAGAGCUACAAAUGUUAAGUUACCAUCGAUCGAUCAAGCACGAUUUCUCGAUUUUUCGGACUUACAAAAAUGGAGAGCGCCAAAUGCAAUCACCCCUUCUGGCUUCCUGACUCAAAACACUGGAGCCUGUGUCUCAAUGCUCGUGUUUUUCACGGGCGAUGCUCCAGAUUCGCCCCAGACUGACUGGGCUUAUUACUCAACUCCCCGGAAGCCUCAGUCGGCUUCGGACUGGAAAGAACUCAACUGAUCAAUAAUACACCCCCAACGCUAAAAAAAAAAGCAAUUAUUAAUCGGAUUCACACAAGUUCUCGGGUUUCUACCUAUGGCCUUCCCAAGGUUGCCACUAUUUCGUUCUUGAUAUGUGCCCGCUCCCUCCCAAGAUCUCCGAACCGAGCCCGCACGGAGCCAUACAUAGAUGUACCUGAUGUACCUUUCAACCGAGCUCGGUCGAUCCCCUUGGAUUUAUUUCAUUGAUAUCUGUUUAUAAUAUUUUCUAUUAUAUUUUCUAUUUGUUUAUACCCGCUUCGCCCGCCAGCCAUAUCAGGCUUUUCCACACCCGACUUAUUGUAUAUCGUUCUCCGAUAUCUCCACCACCUUCCUUAUACUUUUCCUCUCGUUCUCCGAGAGCCUGUAUCAACGGAGAUAAGAGCCGAUCAGCCGAACCUUAUUGUUUUCAUGGUAUAAGUUGUGUGAAAACACCCCCUGUUUUCAGUGUUGUUAACCGCCGAUACAAUAUAUCCCGUACCGGGCAUUACAUAUGUUUCUGCUUUGAGGACAUAUCUCUCAAGUUUCUCAGGAUGAUGUCGAAUGACAUCGAUAAUGGACGAGCAAAUGGCCAUGUCUGGAGCGGGGAAACCGAGCUAGAUAGGGAACUGAAGGCAGACGGGUUUCCUCCGUCGUCAAAAUCAAGUCUCACUCACUUGGGCUCACCACCUCCAGGCCGAAAAUUGAGCAAAGGAUCAGAUAAUCUCGGUCACGAUGCCUCAGAUUCCGCGUCAACAGAACACCCUGCGGACAGGGACCCAGAAAAACAAGAGGGAGAGGCCGGCCAUCCCGUGAACCCCAAGAUAGAUCCAAGCGCGUUUCCUGACGGCGGUAUUGAGGCGUGGACUGUGGUUUUUGGUGGGUUCUGUUCUCUAUUUGUGAGCUUCGGAUGGAUCACUUGUAUCGGAGUGUUCCAGGACCACUACCAGAAUAACCAGUUGAAGUCCUACUCACCAAGCACUAUUGCUUGGAUCCCGUCCCUUGAAGCUUGUAUGAUGUUUUUAGCCGCCCCUUUUUGUGGCAAGAUAUUCGACAGUUAUGGCCCUCGAUACUUAAUCAUAGGCGGAACCUUUCUCCAUGUCUUUGGUCUGAUGAUGACUUCCAUAUCAACUAAAUACUAUCAAAUCCUCCUAGCCCAAGGGAUCUGCAGUGCAAUUGGCGCCGGGGCUCUUUUUUAUCCUGCUGUCAAUAGCAUCUCAACGUGGUUUUUCAAGCGACGAGCACUCGCGCUUGGAAUUUCGGCCAGUGGUUCAAGUGUCGGAGGCGUGAUAUACCCUAUCAUGGUAGCUAGACUAGUCCCACAGGUGGGAUUUGCCUGGGCGAUGAGGAUCUGCGCCUUUCUCAUCUUGGGGUUAUGCGUUAUUAUAAACCUGACGGUAAAGUCGAGACUUCCACCGCAACCGAGGCCCUUCAAAUUUAAGGAAUUCUUGACGCCUUUUACCGAGAUGCCAUUCCUCUUGACCACGGCGGGUGCAUGGUUAUCAUUCUUCGGGCUAUACUUACCGUUCACAUUUAUCGUUUCGUUUGCCCGCCACUAUGGGAUGUCUCCACACCUAGCAGGCUAUCUUGUUUCGAUUCUGAACGCAUCCAGUACGUUCGGCCGUAUCCUACCGGGCCAUGCUGCUGACCUUUUCGGCCGUUUCAACGCCAUGAUAAUAACCUGCGUGCUGAACGUCGUCAUGGUUCUUGCUCUCUGGCUGCCCGCCCGUGGCAACAUCCCCGUUCUCCUCUUUACCGCCUUCUUCGGCUUUACCUCGGGCGCAUUCGUUUCCCUUGGCCCAGCCUUGGUAGCGCAGAUUUCCGAUGUGCGCCAGAUUGGUGUACGUACGGGUGCGAUGUUUGCAGUCUGUUCCAUUGCCAGCCUCACAGGAAACCCUAUCGGAGGUGCCCUGGUCGGGGACAUUGAACAGCCGACAUUCUGGCGGAUGCAGUUGUUUACGGGAAUCGUUAUGGCGGCAGGGACUGUGGCUUUUGUUCUUGCUAGGUUGAAGGUGACUGGUAUGAAGUUGAUGACAAAGUUUUGAGAAAAGAAAGGUUGGGUGAACGAGUGGCGCAUAACUACGUGAGCCCUGCUGGUCUCUUUUCCCUUCUCUUCGGUUUUUGUUUCCCCAGAUUAUCGUCUUAAUUUUCGUCUUUUCUUGCUUUAUAUCCUUUUUUCCCGUUUUUACUUUAUUUUAUUUUCUGCGUUGUGGGCGUUGGCCGCGAAUUCUGUUCCUCAGCAAAAUACCAUUCUGCACAGUUCUCGACUCGUACAGUUGUCAUUCCCGGAAAUGUAUAUAGAAUAUAUAGAGAAAACAGGUGAGAAAUUAAUGAUAGACAAUGCCUUUUCCGGCAUCUAUGAUCAAUUUGGCAGACAUCACUGGGGGUGGA